AUGCCAUCUGUGCCAGAUGUCACUACAAACCAAUAUACUGCAUUCCGUCAAGCCGAGAAACAUUUCAAAAACCGUGCGGUGAAAGACAAAUACCCAUCACUCCGAAAAUACCAGGACUCUCUGGUCGAUCUAUCCCGUCCCGAACAACAAGAAGAUGAUGAAGUCUGGAAAGCAGGGUGGUGGAGUCCUGAUCAUGAACCCGAUGCACGUUCGAAUAGGACCGACUGGAAGCCUUGGUUAUUCAAAGGAAAGGAGAAAGAUAAGGGCACCCGUCCUGAUCUACCGACUUCAGACCUAAAACCCAUUCAACUCAAUGAUGGAAGGACAGGAUGGAUUGUCGGACCUGGCUGUAUCUUGAUUCCGAGAUUUCUGUCAACCAGCGAGCAACUGCAUCUCCUCCAUUCGUCUCUCGCCGAAUAUACCCUUCCACCCAAUCCCCUUUCCUUGUCCACUCACUAUGACCUUCCCUCCAACCUGUUCGAGCUCUAUACUCACGACCCAGAUACCGCUGUUCAACCCAAACACCGGACAAUCCCUGCAUCGCAGACGCGAUCCAGCGCUACCUCUGAUGUCCCAAAAUCUCGAACUUUGAUAGAGACCGAACCGGCGUCCGUUAUUGGAUAUGAUGAGAUUGUAGCACGUAACAAGACAUGGACAGGGGAUGCGCCAAGUGACAAACUGAAAGAGAAGACUGUCGACCAGUUGAUACUGGAACUGAGAUGGGCUAAUCUAGGAUGGGUUUACCAGUGGUCGACCAAGUCAUACGAUUUCAGCCGCGAGGAGCCUAUCCCUUUUCCCCCGGAGCUUGCAGCAGUUUGUCACCAGGCGGUAGCCUCUGUACCUUGGCAUCGGGUGUUCUUAGAAGGAGACGACUCUUAUGCCUGUGGGUGGGAGAACUGGGCGGAAGACUAUGCUCCUGACACAGGAAUUGUGAACUUCUAUCAAGCUAGAAAAGACACUCUGAUGGGUCAUGUGGAUAGAUCAGAGCUUGAUCCUGCUCGUCCGCUUGUUUCUCUAUCCCUCGGAUACUCUGCGAUACUGCUGCUCGGAUCUGCAUCUCGCCAUGAUCCCCCGAGACCCAUCAUUCUGCGGUCGGGAGACUGCCUUAUCAUGAGUGGUAGCGGCAGACAAGCUUAUCAUGGGGUUCCACGUAUAUUGGAAGGUACCCUUCCUUCGCAUUUCGCAAUGCAGGACACGGACAGCGAGACGAUGAAGGCAGCCAAGAGGUUCAUAUCAUCCGCAAGAAUCAACAUCAAUGCCCGUCAGGUUUUCCCGCCAGGGUUCGUGAGACCUGACAGAGUGUAG